GCUGGCGGGGGCGUCUGGAGGCGAAUUCGGAUUCUUCCUCCCUAAACUCGGGGGGGGGGGGGGCGGGGAGGAGGGAAGCUGGGCCGGCGGGGUGAGGGACGCAGCGGAGAAGACCGAGCCGGCUGAGGCGAUGGAAGGCGACGGGGUGCCGUGGGGGGGCGAGCCCCUUUCGGGCCCCGGCCCCGGCCCCGGGGGCGGCGGCAUGAGCCGCGAGCUUUGCCGGGGCUUCGGCCGCUACCGUCGCUACCUAAGCCGGCUGCGGCAGAACCUGCGCGAAACCCAAAAGUUCUUCCGCGACCUGCAGAGCUCACACGGCCCCGGCGGUCCCUCCUUCCCCGCGGACGGCUGUGGGGCCGAGCGCGGGCCUGCCGGCGACGUCGCGGAGAUCGGACUGCGGGCGGGCCAGCUGAGCUGCAUUUCUUUCCCACCUAAGGAAGAGAAGUACCUCCAGCAGAUUGUGGACUGCCCUCCCUGCCUCAUCAUCCUCGGCCAGAACUGUAAUGUCAAGUGCCAGCUGUUGAACCUGAUUCUGGGGGUGCAGGUGCUUCCCACCACCAAGCUGGGCAGCGAGGAGAGCUGUAAGCUCCGGCGCCUCCGCUUCACCUAUGGACCCGAGACCCGGCUCAGUCUGGCGCUCCCCGGCCAGUAUGAACUAGUUCACACACUGGUUGCUCACCAGGGCAACUGGGAGACCAUCCCUGAGGAGGACCUGGAAGUCCAGGAGGACAGUGAGGAUGCUGCUCAUGUUUUAGCUGAACUGGAGGUGACGAUGCACCACACUCUCUUACAGGAAGUGGACAUUGUGGUAGCACCAUGCCAAAGUCUCCGGCCCACGGUGGAGGUUCUGGGUGACUUGGUGAGUGAAUUCUUACCUGUGAUAACCUAUGCACUCCACAAAGACGAACUCUCUAAGAGGGAUGAACAAGAGCUGCGGGAAAUCCGAAAGUAUUUCUCCUUGCCCAUAUUCUUUUUCAAAGUGCCAAAGAGAGGCUCGGAUAUCAUUGAUUCCUCCCCCAGAAGACUAGAGAAUGAAAGAUCACCACUGCAUCAUCAGUUGACUGGCCUGGGCUAUCUGAGCAGCAGCCAUUGUAACUGUGGGACCCUAGGCCAAGACUCCAAGGCUCAGAGCAUGCUGGUGGAGCAGAGUGAGAAGCUGAGGCACUUGAGUACUUUCUCUCACCAGGUGCUACAGACUCGCCUGGUAGAGGCAGCCAGGGCACUGAAUCUGGUGCACUGCCGCUGCCUGGACAUCUUUAUUAACCAGGCCUUUGACAUGCAACGGGACUUGCAGAUCACUCCCAAACGCCUGGAAUACACGAGGAAAAAGGAGAAUGAGCUGUAUGAAUCACUGAUGAACAUUGCCAACCGAAAGCAGGAAGAAAUGAAGGACAUGAUUGUUGAGACUCUUAACACUAUGAAGGAGGAACUUCUAGAUGACGCUGCCAACAUGGAGUUUAAAGAUGUCAUUGUCCCUGAGAAUGGAGAAUCAGUGGGCACUAGAGAGAUCAAAUGCUGCAUCAGACAGAUCCAGGAGCUUAUCAUCUCCCAGCUAAACCAGGCAGUGGCUAACAAGCUCAUCAGUUCAGUGGAUUACCUGCGUGAGAGCUUUGUUGGAACCCUGGAGCGUUGUCUGCAGAGCCUGGAGAAGUCCCAAGAUGUCUCAGUUCACAUCACCAGUAAUUAUCUCAAGCAGAUUUUAAAUGCUGCCUAUCAUGUUGAAGUCACAUUUCACUCAGGGUCCUCGGUUACUAGGAUGCUGUGGGAGCAAAUCAAACAGAUCAUACAGCGCAUCACAUGGGUGAGCCCACCUGCCAUCACCAGAGAAUGGAAGAGGAAGGUAGCCCAGGAAGCCAUUGAGAGCCUCAGUGCCUCCAAGCUGGCCAAGAGCAUUUGCAGCCAGUUCCGGACUCGGCUCAAUAGUUCUCAUGAGGCUUUUGCAGCCUCUUUGCGGCAGUUGGAAGCUGGCCACUCAGGCCGACUGGAGAAAACUGAAGAUCUGUGGCUGAGAGUUCGGAAGGACCAUGCUCCACGCCUGGCCCGCCUUUCUCUGGAAAGCCGCUCUUUACAGGAUGUCUUGCUGCAUCACAAACCUAAACUGGGACAGGAACUGGGCCGGGGCCAAUAUGGUGUGGUGUACCUGUGUGACAACUGGGGGGGACGCUUCCCUUGUGCCCUCAAAUCGGUUGUCCCUCCAGAUGAGAAGCACUGGAAUGACCUGGCUUUGGAGUUUCACUACAUGAGGUCUCUGCCGAAGCAUGAACGGUUAGUGGAUCUCCAUGGUUCAGUCAUUGACUACAACUAUGGCGGUGGCUCCAGCAUUGCUGUGCUGCUCAUUAUGGAGCGGCUGCACCGGGACCUCUACACGGGGCUGAAGGCUGGGCUGACCCUGGAGAAACGUUUGCAGAUAGCACUAGAUGUGGUGGAAGGAAUCCGUUUCCUGCACAGCCAGGGACUUGUCCACCGUGAUAUCAAACUAAAAAAUGUGCUGCUGGACAAGCAGAACCGUGCCAAGAUCACUGACUUAGGAUUCUGCAAGCCAGAGGCCAUGAUGUCAGGCAGCAUUGUGGGAACACCAAUCCAUAUGGCCCCUGAACUUUUCACAGGGAAGUAUGAUAACUCCGUGGAUGUCUAUGCUUUCGGCAUUCUUUUCUGGUACAUCUGCUCAGGCUCUGUCAAGCUCCCCGAGGCAUUUGAGAGAUGUGCCAGCAAAGACCAUCUCUGGAACAAUGUGAGGAAAGGGGCUCGCCCAGAACGCCUUCCUGUGUUUGAUGAGGAGUGCUGGCAGUUGAUGGAAGCCUGCUGGGAUGGUGACCCCUCUCAGAGACCUCUCUUGGGCAUUGUCCAGCCCAUGCUCCAGGGCAUCAUGGACCGGUUAUGCAAGUCAAAUUCUGAGCGGCCAAACAGAGGACUCGGUGAUUCUACCUGAAACUGAAGUCCUUUUUCUUCCAUUCUCUUUUUUCUUUCUUCCCCAUGAUGUUUUGGCCAUGAGGAUAAUUUGGCAUUUAUUCAUUACAGAGUGCUUCCAAGGGACUCCAUGCUUGCUGGGCAACUUGAGACACCUCCCCCCCCCUACCCCCCUGCAGAGAUGGCUCAUGGAUGGCUGCUUGAGCAUGUCCAGCAGCUCACUGAUGCCCCAAGCUAUCCCUUUAGCAAAAGCUUGUCUAGGACUAGAGUAUGUAGUGCUCUGGCCUCAGAGCUGAGGAGGAGGCAAAUGUUAUCACAGUCUGUUAACUGUAUGUUUCUGAGACAGGCAGGGACACUACAGUGACAGUAGUAUUAAAAGCUAUAAUUUU